AUGAACGACUACCAUUUAUCCCGCCUGGCAAGAAUAUUCGCCAGCCCACAUGAUCAAAGCUCCCAAGAUCAAAGCUCCCAAGAUCAAAGCUCCCAAGAUCAAAGUCCACCAGAUCCCCGCGUUGUCGAGAUGAUGAGGAACCCCUACUAUGAAGCCCUCCUGACAACAAACCUCAGCGAACAUUAUCAUCCCCUACCUCGCAUAUUAUACGAGCCCGAAGACCGCAUUGACGGCUACUGGAACGUCACGUUCACUCGGCCAUCGGAGGUUUGGCUACAGAUAACCAUCAGGCCUGCUCUCCACAGCGACCCUCCCUCCCACGACUGGCGCAGCCUCAGCCCAGACCAAAUCCAAGCCAUGGAGCCCAUCACAUUCCGCGUCUCUACACAUCGCAUGUAUGGAGAGCUUCUUGACCUUCGGCGCCACUUUUUCUCUCCUUUGGCGGUGACGGUCAUUCCGUGCGAGACGCCUGAGACGCCUACUUCCGAUACGCAGACCGUGUUAUAG